AUGAGCGACCUGCAGAUGGUCACCGGGGCCAAGUGCUUUGUCCCCGACGAGACGCACGUGUGGCUGGCCGCGCAAGUCCUGCGCGACGAGAACUCGGGCGACGGCAAGACGCGCAAGAUCUACUGCACCGUGGAGCUCCCGGACGGCGGGACGGAAGAGCGCUGCGUGGACAUGCUGGCCAAGAAGACCAAGGCGCUGCUGGCCGUGCACGAGCUCGAGACGCUGCCGUACCAGAACGAGCACGUGGGCCCCGAGGGCAUUGAAGACAUGAUUACGCUCAAUUACCUGCACGAGGCUGCGAUUCUGUUUAACAUUAAAAAGCGCUUUUUGUGCGAGCUCCCGUAUACGUACACCGGCGACAUUUGCAUCGCCAUUAACCCGUACAAGUGGCUCCCCGAGCUCUACGCCGAGGAGCAGCACCGACGGUACUUGCACCAGCCCAAGGAAGAGCUCCCGCCGCACGUGUACGCGACGUCGGUCGCGGCCUACGACAACAUGCGGCGCUCGGAGUGGAACCAGUCGAUCCUCGUGAGCGGCGAGUCGGGCGCGGGCAAGACCGAGACGACCAAGAUCCUCAUGAACCACCUCGCGACGAUCGCGGGCGGCAUGAACAACUCGACGAUCAAGCGCAUCAUCGAAGUGAACCCGCUACUCGAGUCGUUUGGCAACGCUAAGACCGUCCGGAACGACAACUCGAGUCGCUUUGGCAAGUUCACGCAGCUCCAGUUUGACCAGCAGGGCACGCUCGUGGGCGCCAAGUGCCGCACGUACCUCUUGGAGAAGACGCGCGUGAUCCAGCACGAAGCGCCCGAGCGCAACUACCACAUUUUUUACCAGCUCUUGGACUCGCCCGCCAUGGCGGCGGAGCUCCAGCUCGACGCGACCAAACACUAUGUCUACACGGGCAACAACACGGCGCAAAAGAUUGAGGGGCUGUCGGACGAAAAGCACUUUGGCAAGACGCGCGAAGCGCUGGCGCUCGUAGGGCUCUCGCACGAAGAGCAGCAGCCGCUGUUUGAAGUGCUGGCGGGAGUGCUGCACCUGGGCGAAGUACAGCUGCAGUCGGACGCGUCGGACGAUGAGAAGUCGAACAUCGCCGAAGGCGAUCGCGGCGCGAGCUCGGCGACCGAGAUGCUGGGCGUCACGUGGGCAGCACUGGAGACUGCGCUGUGUUCGCGGACCAUGCGCGCGGUGAACGACGUGUACAGUGUGCCGCUGAAGAAAGAGCUGGCGAUGAACUGCCGUGACGCGCUGGCGAAGGCUAUCUACUCGAACGUGUUUGACUGGCUCGUGACGACGAUCAAUCACUCGCUUGCGGACGAUAAGAACAUGGCGAACCACGUCGGUGUGCUGGACAUUUUCGGGUUCGAGCACUUUAAGCACAACUCGUUCGAGCAGUUCUGCAUCAAUUAUGCAAACGAGAAGCUCCAGCAGAAGUUUACGCAGGAUGUGUUCAAGACUGUGCAGAUUGAGUACGAGGAAGAAGGGAUUGUGUGGGACCAUAUCGAGUACGCGGACAACCAGGACGUGUUGACCGUGAUUGAGUCGCGCAUGGGUAUUAUUUCCUUGUUGAACGAAGAGGUGAUGCGACCGAAAGGUAGCGAGGAGUCGUUCAUGUCCAAGGUGACAUCGCUGCACAAGGAUGACAUGACGCACGUCAUUGAGUUCCCUCGCACGUCUCGUACCGAGUUCCUCAUCAAGCACUAUGCCGCGCCAGUCAUGUAUGAUUCGGUGGGCUUUCUGGAGAAACACAAGGACUCGCUGCUGCCUGACCUCUCUGAGCUCAUGCGCGGUUCGUCAAAGCCAUUCAUCGCAGAGCUUUUCGAACCAAAGCCGGAGCCCACGUCCGCUGCUCCUGAUGCGUCGGGCACUCGCCGAAAGCGCGGCGGUGCGUUGUCCAUCACGACCGUCGGUACUCAGUUCAAAGAGAGUCUGACAGAGUUGAUGGCGACGAUCAACUCUACCCAAGUUCACUACGUGCGAUGCAUCAAGCCCAACCCGAUCAAGAGCUCUUCUGUCAUGGACCAGUCUAUGGUGGUGUCCCAACUGCGAUGCGCUGGUGUGAUUGAAGCCAUUCGUAUCUCACGUGCAGCGUACCCGAAUCGGUUGCAGCAUACGGAGAUUCUGGACAAGUUUUGGCUGUUUGUGCCAAGCGGCGGUAACACGCCGGUCGAAAAGUGUCAACUGCUCAUGGACAAGCUGAAAAUAGAGUCCCCAGUGCAGUAUCAGAUGGGUAAGACCCGGGUGUACUUCCAGUUGGGAGUGCUGGAAGAGCUCGAAGACCGUCGCAAGAAAUUUCUGGAUGCCAAGGCCACGUACCUGCAGACUGUCAUGAUUGGCUUCACGCAGCGCAUCAAGUACCUUCGUCAACUGGCUGCGAUCAUCAAGCUCCAAUCAGUAAUCCGAUGCGUGAUUGCGAUGCGAAGGUACAACACGUUUAUGCAUGGCCACAUUCUGAUGCAGGCUCACUGGCGAGGUUAUCAAGGCCGAAAGAUUGCGGCAGAAGUCAAGAGCAACCACUACGCUGUCAUCAUCCAGCGUUAUGUGCGCGGCUUUGUGAAGCGUCACCGUUACGUCAACAUGCGUAUGAUGGUUAUUCGCGUUCAAGCCUUGGUUCGUAUGAUGAUCCAGAGGCCGAAGUACCUUGCCGCGCUCGAGGAGAAACGUCGUGAGGCUGACAUGGCGUAUCAACUAAACAAGUUGAAGGCCGCUCUGCAAGAAGAGCAGGAAAGGAAUGUCCAGUUGCAACGUCGCAGUAGUGUGACGACGGCGGACACGACUGCUGCCUCGAGCGUGGUGAUGGCCGACGCCGGUGGCAUGAUCGAGACUCUGACGGAUGAGAACAAGAAGUUGCGCGAAAAGAAUGGAGAAAUGAAGAUUGCAAUGAAGAGUCUGAAGGUCGAGAUUGAGAAGUUCAAGAGCGACAAGGAGUUCUCGUCGGCUGGCAACCACGUGAAGCUUCGUCAACUGCAAGACACGGUGCGCGAGAAAGACAAGAAGAUCCAAAUGCUUGAGGCCGACAACAAGAAGCUGGUGGAGCAGCUCGCAAAGAUCUACGUGGACGGUGUGCCGGAGAAGAAGUCGACGCAGAAGAAGUCGAUCUUCCGCACGCUAGGGUCCAAGAAGGAGAAGAAGCCUCGCGAGACCGUGCUUAUGGACUCACUCACUGGGUCGGAUGACCUGAACAGCCGUUCAUCAGAGACGCGUCAGUCAGAGCGCCAUUUCCCUCGCAUGCCGACCAUGAACGUCGGCACUCGCUUCUGGAACUCGAACAAGAAGGGUAGCAACAGCGACGGCUUUGACGUUUCAGAGGUCGAUGGUGAGGACAGUCCGACGGACAGCUCUGCGCGCAACACGAUCGUCAAGAGCGUGGAGGUGGGCGUAACGGGGGCCAUGUCGAGUCUGAAGGGUCGUAUGUCGGUCGUGAAGGGCAUGUACGAUUCUCGAAGCAAGCGCACGAACAGCAAGCCCGAGGAGACUGCGGGCACGAGUGAGAGCGUCCCGUCCGCGACGGUCAGUACCUCGAGUAGUGCGAAAGUGAAGCCGCCUCCGGCAAAGCCAGCCGAUCGCCCUGUGCGCGAGUCGUUCAACCUGGACGCGCUGCCCGAGGUGUCGCUGCCCGUCGGCUGGGAGGCCAAGGUGUCCCGCUCAACGGGUCGCGUGUACUAUGUGAACCGAAAGCUGGGCAAGUCGCAGUUCGAGCGCCCGACGCUCGCGUCGGUGAAGGCCCAGAAGCUGGCGCGCCAGAAGUCGGCAAGCGGACAGUAA